AUCGUUUUUUUUUUUUUUUUUGCGAAUGGCUUUGUUUUAAAACAAGUAAUGACUUAAAUAAUUUAUAGUUAUCAUCCAUAUUGAUAAAAUAACACUUUAAAAAUGGACCAGGACUUUAAGGACAUGGAUUCAGAGGGCCGGUGGCAGAACUUAUACAUAGAAAUACGGAAUCAGUCCCAUGAAUGCCCUUUCAAAGUUGCUAAAUAUCCAGAAAAUCGCAACCGGAACCGAUACAGAGAUGUCAAUCCAUUUGAUCACAGCAGAGUUAAACUGGAGAAGGCAGAGAACGACUACAUCAACGCCAGCCUGGUGGUCAUAGAGGAGGCCCAGAGGAGUUACAUUUUAACUCAGGGCCCUCUGAGGAACACCUGUGGUCACUUCUGGUUGAUGAUCUGGGAACAAAAUACCAAGGCUGUCAUCAUGCUGAACAGAGUCAUAGAGAAGGGAUCAGAAAAGUGUGCUCAGUAUUGGCCGACGCAGGAUGAGCAUGAGAUGUCGUUCAGAGAUACACAUUUCCUGAUAACGCUGGUUUCAGAAGACGUCAAGUCCUACUACACAACCAGAGUGCUGGAGCUGCAUAAUGAGAAGACGGGGGAGAAGAGAGAGAUCUAUCACUUUCACUACACCACCUGGCCUGACUUUGGUGUCCCGGAAUCGCCGGCGUCCUUCCUCAACUUCCUGUUCAAGGUGCGGGAGUCUGGCUCGUUGGGGGCGGACCACGGACCGGCGGUGGUGCACUGCAGCGCUGGAAUUGGCCGCUCAGGCACCCUCUCAUUGGUUGACACCUGUCUGGUCCUGAUGGACAAGAGGAAAGACCCAUUGUCUGUGGACAUCAAGGCCGUGCUGCUGGACAUGAGGAAGUACCGUAUGGGUCUGAUCCAGACUCCUGACCAGUUACGCUUCUCCUACAGGGCUGUCCUGGAGGGAGCCAAGUACAUCAUGGGGGACUGCUCUAUACAGAAAAUGUGGCGUGAGUUGUCUAAAGAGGACCAGGAGCCAGUGUCUGAUUCUGAAUCCCCUCCUCCUGCCCAGCCACACUCCAAGUGUCCCCUGGAGAAAUACAAUGGCAGCCGGGUGUCCCGGGGGGAAGAGGAGGGGGACGCGAAGCUGGGGGAGAGGACGACGGGGACAGAGUCACCAUAUAAUGAACAGGACAUGGACGGGAGCACAACUAAUGCUCGCAAGAGACACCGAGAUGAGAGGUUGUCUAACUGGACCCCCAAGAUCACAGAGCCCAAGCAGACGAAGCCCAGCAUAACAGACUCUGACAAAAAGAGGAAAAGGGCGAGAACCAGUGACCGCUAACGGACUCCACCGUGGCUCCAGCCUCCUCCAGAUCUGGCUGCUGAGAUGACGUUGACAGGGAUCUCCCUCCACUCCUCUAUAUCCCCGUCCCCCGCUAUAUCCCCCUCUAUAUCCCCCUCUAUCCCCCUCCCUCUA